AUAUGGUUGAAUUAAUUUAACUUUCUAAAAGGUUUACAUCAACACGGUAGGCCACAGGCGACUGGUGUUGAGUUGCUACAGUGGCCGGGGUGUUUUUUUUUGUUUUUUUUGAGGUUACCCCGGCUCUUCACGCUGUAGGCAGGUGAUAUUGCUAAAGAUAGUUGGCUUUACACCAGCCUCUUUUCGGGAGAGUUCAAUUUUAUUAAGUUAGCUCAAGCUUGGUACUGUCUAAGGCUUGUGCUUCGCAAUGCUGAAACCCCAGCAGCAAUCCGGCUCAGGCGGGAGAAAGGCGACUAACGGAACACCGGGGCCCGGCGGUAUGUCUUCCCCAGUCAGCGGCAUCAACAGCGGCGGCCGGACACCGGCUGGAAGGAAUAGGUCUUCUGCAAAGCCAUCAUUUCAGUCCUCUCCUGUGUUUGAGGGUGUAUACAACAAUGCUAGAAUGCUUCACUUCCUCACAGCUGUAGUGGGGUCCACAUGUGAGUUAAAGGUGAAGAAUGGCAGCGUGUUCGAAGGCAUAUUUAAGACCCUCAGUUCUCGGUGUGAGUUGGCUGUGGAUGCUGUACACAAACGUGGGGAGGAAGAGGGGUCAACAUCUGCUCCCCCACGUAGGGAGGACAUUACAGACACCAUGAUCUUCAGCCCAUCAGAUCUGGUUACAAUGAUCUGCAGAGACGUUGACCUCAACUAUGCUACCAGAGAUAGCUUCACAGACACAGCCAUCAGCUCCAGCCGCAUUAAUGGAGAACAUAAGGAGAAGGUUUUACAGAAAUGGGAGGGAGGAGACAGCAACGGGGAAAGUUAUGAUCUCGAAAAUGAUGCAUCUAACGGCUGGGAUGCCAAUGAGAUGUUCCGCUACAAUGAAGUAAAAUAUGGAGUCACAUCUACAUAUGAUUCCAGUCUCUCCAUGUAUACUGUUCCCUUAGAGAGAGGCAACUCUGAGGUUUAUCGGCAAAGGGAGGCCCGCGCUGCUCGCCUUGCGAGCGAAAUCGAAUCGAGCCCCCAGUAUCGCCAUCGCGUCGGCCUCGAAAACGACGAGGGCAAGAGCGAGGAGGAGAAGUUCAGCUCUGUAUUGCGGGAUGGCAACGAUCGUGAGAAGGGUCGGGAGAGCCCCCGCGACAGAGGGAGUGAGAAAGGCAGAGACAGUCCUGGAGCAGGCAGCAGAGAGGGAAAGUACAUUCCACUACCUCAACGUCAGAGAGAAAUGAACCGAGAAAGAGCUGAGAGAGGUCCUGGUGGGCCUCUGCCCCACAGUCGACUCGGCGGAGGCUACAGGCAAAAUUCUUCCUCCUCAUCCUCACCGAGACCCCCGCUCCCCUCUGCUGCCGGACCCCAACCAGGAGUCUCUUCUUCAGAGAGAAGCAGUCCUCUGUCGAAUCGAGGUGGCGCCUACACCACUCACCAUUCACAGGGCAGUCCAAGCCCAGGUUCUGGUCCUGCGAGUCCGUACACGCCUGCCUCUCCUGGUGGAACGGCAGCCACCCCAGCCUCUGCUUCUACUGCCACCUCUCCAUCCAGCCCCCCUGCCCCUCAUGGACAUGCUGUUCCUCAUUCCCACUCGCUCCCAGUCUCUCUGUCUGACGCUGGCAGGCCUGUGAAUGGAGUUUCUUCUAGAACGUCUCCUAAAGCCCAAAGACCUCCACAAUCAAGUCGGACAAACCGUGCUCCAAACGCACAUCCUCAGUCCACAGCCACUCGUUCUCCUAAAUCAGGCUCUUCCCAGGACACGCCUUAUUUGGACACUUCGUCCGUCUCCCUGCCUGCUCAGAAGACGUCAGGCCCAGCCCCUCUCUUCCCUGUAGAUGUGAAUGAGAUCCUUGGUGCAGCUGCUAAAGAACGCUCUGCAGAAAGCCCUGGCAGCACAGAAGACAACAAAAGCAGUAAAGCUCCUUCGGUUCAGCAAAGGUCACAAAUUGAAGAGCUGCGGAAAUUUGGAAAAGAAUUCAGGCUUCAGCCUAGUGGAGCCGGUUCCAGCUCUCCUAGCUCUCCAGCAGCAGCAACGCCUCCUGCUGUUGGUGAGGCGACCCAAUCAGGUGCAGCUCAGUCUCCAUCAGACGCCUCCUCAGAGCCCAAACUUCAGCCUCCAGCUCCCAGUCCUUCCCAACCUCAGCAUUCAACGGCUCUCUCCGAAGAGCCCACCAAGGACGUUGCAAAUCCACUGGGUGCUGCUGCUUCUGCCACAGCUCCCAUUCCAGACCGGCAAUCACCAGCAACUCCUCAGCCAGCCAGGACCCCAGGAGCAGAGGACGUCAGGUCUGAGUCCGCAGAGCACCCCGAUGGUGUGGCAGACCAAGUGAAGAAAUCAACUUUAAAUCCAAAUGCUAAAGAAUUUAACCCAAUCAAAAAUCCAGUGCCUGUGGCAAAACCCAACACUGCACCAACCCCUCCCCGUCCAACUCCUCCGAGCCCGGUGGUCCUGCAGCACCCCGGAGGGCAGGGUGCCAUCUACAAUACUCCCUACCUCUCCUACGUCUCUCAGAUCCACCCUGUUCAGGCUCAACCAAUGUAUCAAUACACAAUGUCGACAGUUAACCAAGGAAAAUACCCCAGGGGCAAAGUGCCUUCGAGGCCUGAGGCGUCACAGAUGCUACAGGCUGCUGCAUCAGCAGCUGGAGCUCCUUUGGUGGCGUCCCCUUACCCUCAGUCCUACCUGCAGUACAACCCACAGCAGUACAGCCAGCAGCAGGUCAUCCAGGCCAUGACUCCCUACCCUGGACAGCCUAUGUACUCCAUGCUGCAGGGCGGAGCAAGGAUGAUAGGUCAAGGUAGUGGUCCCCAUCCCCAAGCCCUCGGUCCCCCUGGAGGACCUCAGUUCUCUGCACAGGGAGACGGGCCUCAGGGGCCGCAGCAGGGCAUCUACGCUCCACAGUCGUUCUCCCAUCACUCUGGUGCAGUACAUCAGCCGCAGCCUUCCAGUACCCCGACGGGCAACCAGCCCCCACCUCAGCAUGCGGCACCCAGCCCUGGACAGAACGCCCAGUCAGGCCCACAGCCUCAGGCCUUGUACCACCCAACUCCGCUGUCGGCUCCCACACCACCCAACAUGGCUCCAGGUCACACAUCCCCACAGGGCUCCUACUCCAUUCCAGGCUACAGCAUCCACAGCCAUCAGGGCCUCCCACCAGCUUACCAAACUCUGGGGCAGCUGACACAGGCCCAUGUUCAAGGAGCGAUGCCUGGUCCUCACCACUCAGGCGGCCAUGGUCAGCCCCAGUUAGUAAUGUUGCAGACUCCUCAGCAGGGUCCAGGUGGGGUGCCCCAGCACCCACAACAUGGACCACAGCAAGGACCACACCAGCACUUUUACAUAGGACCCCCUCAAGCGAUGCAGGUACAGACACAUCCUGCAACCUUCCAUCCACCUGGAAACUAAACCCAUCCUCUAUGACUUCCUGAACUCCCAUGCUCCUUCCUGCUGGACGUGUAGUCCGGCACAGAGCAACUGCAAACUGACAGAAUCACAGAGGAGAGAAGACUCAAAUCCUCACAGCACCUUUCUCUUCUGCUGUGGCGUUCAUCAGUGAGACCCUCGGCCCCAGACUAAAGGGACGGUUUUAUUAGUGGUGAUGAGAGGACAGCAGCAGCGUCCUCCUGCUGCUGCUGAGCUCUUCCCUCCACCUUCUAACCUUUUGUAUUUGUUUUCUUGGACAUCAUGUACCUUGCUGGGCGGACCAGUGAGAGAAUCAGGAACAGAUGGAAGGAAAACAGCAGCAGACCUUUUUCUCUUCCAGAAAUGUUUUUAAGCCUUGUGAGGUUUUGUAUUUAGGACAACGCAAACCGGAGACGGACUGACGUAUAGAACUAAGAACCCAGUGUGACCGAGGAGGGAGGCGAGGACGUGAGGGGACUUUUAGCAAAACAUUUUUUUUUAACUCUAUCUAGUAGUAAAAAUCUGCCCCUUUGCCCUUCUUCUCUCCUUUAGAAAAUCUAAUUAAUAAAAAAAUGGACUAGACAAAAAAAAGU